AUGCUGCGUUUGGAAACCAUAAAUUGUUAUAAUGGUACCACACGCAGCUACAGUGGAAAGCAAGAACAAACAGAAAGUGGCUAUCAGUGCCGGAGUUGGAGUCUACACAUAAAUGACAAUGAUUUUUCCGGGGAUUUUCCAGAAGAUGGUUCCGUUGAAGAAGCAAUGAACUAUUGCCGGGAUCCUGACUCCAGAGAUGAACUAUGGUGUUAUUCAACAAAUCCUGAUAUUAGAAUGGAAUCGUGCGGUAUCCCUCGUUGUAGCACACCAACUGUGCUGUAUACGUCUGGUUUUGACGUCUUGAGAUGUCGACCUUCCACAGUGGCAGGAUGUACAGCUGAAGAAUCUGGAUUUUGUCCGGAAGUAGACGACCAUGGAAACUGUAUCCCGUAUAACAUGUGCUGCAUGAACAGAGGAGAUGUUUUUUGUUUGACAAGAGGAGGAGACACCCAGUCAUGUGGUAUACCUACCUGUAGGGACCCCUUUUCGCAACACACUUACGAUCAUGACUGUUACACUAUCACUGUGAGAGAUAGACAGGAUCCCGAUCUACCGGCGAAGGCAACAGACAAACAAGUAUGCGAGUCUCGCCCAGAACGGUUCUACAUAGAAACUUGGAGUGAAGAGUACCCAGGGUGCUAUGGAUGUGCAUGUUGUCAACGGAAAGUCUGUUUUGAUGGCUCCACUUUGAAUUACAACGGGUCUUGGUCAAGAACCUCAAGCGGCCUUUUAUGCGAAAGAUGGGACGAAUUUAUAUUCUACGGCGAUGAAAACCUACCAAUUAAUAUUGAAAAUUACUGCAGAGACUAUUUCGAAACCGGAAAUAUCUGGUGUUUCACAGACGUAAAUGGUACGUAUGAAGGCUGUGGUCUGUUGCAAUGCGUUGACGUUAACAGCACACAUUUCCAAGAUUUUGGAACUACUUUUUCGAACGAUGAAAAUUCUACAGCAUCAUCUGUGUCUUUUACGGCAUCAUCCGUGUCGUUAAAUACAGAGCAAGAAAUAACAACAAUGCCUUCAAGCGCAGACACAAGACAGUCACUUGUCAUCUUACUCCUUGGUUUUGAGUCGAUUCAAAUUAUCAUCUUCAUGUAAAAAGCACGUAUAUAAUGUAAGUGUUGUUUAUUCGUUCAUAUGAAAAUAUGGCGAACGAGAAAAUAUUAAAAGUACAUUU